GUUUAAUAUAUUUAUAUGUCUUCAUUUAAACACAGCAAACCUCUCUGCGUGGAUCUAUCAGCUCAGUUUCUCACCUUUGUCAAUAACCCCUCCUUGCCAAUUUAACUCGUUUUGCUUUCAUACCGCUUUUUUAAUAUUUAAGAAAACCUCACUCUAUACCUGGACAAAUUAUGUCAAACUUAUGUCAAAACUUUAGCGCCCUAUUUUCAGCACCAGGAUGUCUGCGUUUUCUGCCGUUAUGUUUCUUCUCACCAUCUGACUGAAACACACCUGAGCUCGUUUGGAGAUGGAGGUUUCUGCCUUCGGAGCAGCCUCCAGGUUCCACAUCGACUCCCUGCUCUCCCUCAGGCCGCCCGGAGCGCUCCUCAGCCGGCCAGAACCUCUGGAGCUCAGCCCGGGCAGCAGCAGCGGGUGUUCUGCGCCUCCCUCCCCGCGAAGAGAGCCUGUUCCCCGGAUAGAGUCUAAUCACCUGCAGCAGCUCCAGCCCCGCAGCGUCAGCUCCUCUUUUCUGAUCCGGGAUAUCUUAGCGGACUGUCAGCCUUAUUCAGACCCGACACAGGUCUACUCCGAACAGGGACAGCUCUAUGAGAUCCCGGGACAGCCUGAACUCGAACCACAACCGUUCCAGUCCGGACCGGAAGAGGACUUUCAGGAUAAAAGUCAUAGUAGUUCGUCGUCGGACAGUGAGUGCAGAGGUAAGAGAGCGAGUAAAUUAAAAAUCUGUUUUGGGCUUUAUUUGUUUUAAUUCUACUAUUCAGAAAAACAACACACUAACUUUGAAUUGGGCCCAAACCAAAGGAAAUUCAUUUAAUCGUUUUUUCUUCUUUUCUCCUUUUUUAAUUAAGAAUUAAAAUAGAAAAACACUGAUUUUCAAUACAAAACUGGAAAGCCUUUAAAAAAAAAGUUUGAGUAUAUCAAUAUGAUUUUAAAAAGUGUGUUUAGGAUAUUUAAAAAAUUCACAUGAUUUAAAUGACAUUUUUACAGGCUCGCGUGGCAGUUUAAAAGGCAAAACACGUGGUAUUAAGCUGCAUAUUAAACACGAGAGGUAGAUUUAUUUUGCCUUUUUUAUUUUCCGCAAAAUCGAUCAACUAUAACACGAAUUUAAUUGAUCUGGUCUUAUACUGUCGGAGGUUUUUAGUCACAUUUUGUUUCGCUCUGAGUUCAUUGUAUUGUGCUAAUAAUAACGAUAAUUACAAGACAACAACAACAACAACAACAACAACAACAACAAUAAUAAUAAUAAUAAUAAUAAUAAUAAUAAUAAUAAUAAUCUGAUGGCCAAAUACGCCAUAUUAUAAAACCGUAUCAAUAAUUUUGAAUAAGACUCAGGAGUAACUGUAUGUUUCAGCAUCCACUCAGCCUCUUUGUUUCAACACUUUUGGCUGCUUCUUCUUAAAUAUUUAAUUUUAUUUCAUCUAAUCCCCUGUGGUAGAAUAGAUGUGCGGUAAAAAAAAAAAAAAGGAGGCGUAUUUAUUCUGUUGGUUUUGAUGUCAGAGCUGUUCAUUUAUUAUUCAUCAUAAAGUGUCAUUAGGCCUUUAGAGAGCUGCUGUUUUUAUGGAUAACAUUAGAGUCAACAUGAUGUCAGAUUUAUCUGAAACAUUUCAUGUUAGAUAAACCAGAAAAAAAUCAGUAUGUUAAGAUAUAAAUUAGGCAAUACGGGUUGGCUAUUUUUUAUGAAUCUAUUAACUUGAAAUUGUUCUAACAAAUACUCACUUGUUAUUGCGCAUUUUAUUUUUUCAAAGCGGUUGUUUAGAAAAGGGCUGCAUAAAUAAGGGUUAUUAUGAUCAUUUUUGUUAUUAUUGUAGUUGUGAACUGAAUCAUUUAAAUAUAAAUUCGGUUCAGUUAUUGACGUUAACUCUAUGUUUUCAGCCUUUAGCCUAAAAACUGUAGACCUGCAUGCAUGCACUAUUAGGUAUUUUUAAACUUCAGGACUGAAUCACCUGACAGGUCUGAUGUGAUGUUUUUAUCUGCCUUACAAUCACACAGUACAGGGCGGGGCUUCGGACUUGGCCUCCUGUCGCCUGAAGAAACCCCGUAAAGCCCGGACAGCAUUCAGCGACCAACAGCUGUCCAGGCUGGAGAGAAGCUUCCAGAAGCAGAAAUACCUGAGCGUCCAGGACCGCAUGGAGCUGGCUGCUUCACUGCAGUUGAGUGACACCCAGGUCAAAACCUGGUACCAGAACAGGAGGUAAAAACGCACACAGGUAACACUGAAACACCAAACAUGUAUGAUUCAAGAUCAGGCGACAAGUAGUCAACCCUUUAAAUAGGAUAGGAGGUAGCACAUAAAACAGCUAUAGAAAGAACCUUUAGAAGAUCCAGUACCGAAAGAGGAUGACAGGAUGUAGGACACAUUUAAAACACUGUGUAAUAAGAAAGUUAAGUCUACAGGGAACAGACCAACAUAGAUUUUAUACAAAGAUGACUGACAUCACAGCCUUCUUCAAAAGUGAAACCAAAACAUUUGUAACAAUCCUUUCUGCCUGCCUGCUGUGUGGAGGAGAUAAACCCUAAACCCCUCCACCUCCAUGUCAACAGAUGGGACAUGGGUCAGCCUGAAAGACAGAUAUACACAUCAGACUUGCUUUCUGCAGUUACUGUUAGUUCCUAUAAUGCAAGAUUAUGUGCAAGUGCUCUUUUCUCACAAGUUUUAGUUUUAAUGAAUAGUUAAUGCUUUUAAUAGGGAUUUAGCACCAAAAUUUACAGCUCUGUUCGUCGGGGUGAACAAUAGUGACAAAAAUAAUAUUAAUAAUGAAAAAUAAAAAAUAAUGCUACAUUCCAGGGCAUUUUGCAUUCCUCCAAUGAUGCGUAAAUGAGGCAAAAACUCUGAAAUCACCAGAGCAAGUAUUGAGCUCAACUCAAGUAUAAACUAACUAUUUUGAACUGCCAUUCAGGAUUUAUUUUGAGUAAAAGUAAAUCCUGAAGUAAAUCCUGUAUCCUGAGUAAAAAUUAUCAUAACAAGAACAUUUCAAAUGAACCCUCUUCCUCAGUGUAAACAACAGUGACUCUGCCAGAGUCUGCCUGGGUGCGUUUUUGUUUUGCUGCUUGGCUGUGAUCAAAUCAACCACAGAGUAUUGAUACAAUAGUACUAAUACUUUCAUAUAUUACUAUUAAAAAUAUAUCAGUACUGAAUUAACCCUAUCACCAAACAUUUGUGACCAAUUGGUUUUCAGUAAUUUUCUGUCACUACUUUGCUGGGAAAGGACCUGUGUCACAUGACUGCGGAGACCAAUUAGACAUUAGAAACAUGUUCUCAUUGCACACACACAUUUUCCCUUUAGUCCCUGUCAAACCUCGUGGAUGAGACAGAGCUGUCGAAUAUGGGAAAAAUAACCUUCAAUGAAUCAGAUCAGGAGAUAAAUGUAGAAAAAAAUACUGGAAUCAAUCUCCUCUAGUGUAAAGAAUUGUAUAAUAAAAUUUUAAAAGUAAAGAAAAGGAAAUAUUUGACAUAUUUGUCUCUUUGUUUGAAUCAAGUAUCACUGCAGACAGACACAUGUGAGACAUUUCAGGAUUAAUAAUAAACACGCUGUGAUCAAUAAUUCAGCAGUGUGUGCUGUAAUUAAUGAUCAAUAUUUAAUGCUGAAACAAAUCUGGAGCUUUUAGUGCAGAAUCUCUGAGAGGACAGAGAGCAAGGGAGACGCUGAUUUUUUAUUUAUUGAUUUAUUUUUAUUGUUCCCAGACUGCCAAGGAUGCUGCUCUGUGAUUGGCUGAUGGUCUACAUAAUUACCAUCAGCUCCAGUUUUUUUAUUAAGGGGAGGAGAGGGAGAGCCAACAUGUGUUAAACCCUAUUUUAUAUUUAUUAUUCAUUUAAAAUAUUGAACUAGAGAGAACAAAUGAAUGAACUGUGUUUCCUCCAUCAGAACGAAGUGGAAGCGUCAGUCAGCUGUCGGUCUGGAGCUUCUCGCCGAAGCCGGACGGAUGUUCCUGCCCUCUCACUUCCUGUAUCCUCCUGCCCCGCCCACAAUGGAUAUGUACCUGUACAGACACCACGCCCACCAACACCACCAAGCCCCGCCACUGCUGCCCCACAUCCUGACCCACACUGAGCCGCACCUCCGCUGACAACUGAUGAUUCUCAGCAGAGUGAAAGUAAAAUGACUUUGGAUUCCAGCAGGAACACGGUUUCAAGUUCCUGGAACAACAUUUUGGGGUGACAAUUAUCUCAAAUGACGGAGGCUUUGGUGUUCAUUGAGAAGAAAAUGUAAGGAGAAACCUUCAGACGUAACAGAAUCAUUUUUUUCUUGUCCUAAAAAGUAUAAUCCGUAAGGACGGUGACCUCACAAAUCCACUUCCUACAUUCAGUACAGUCAAAAAACAGACACACAUCUGUGUUUCUGAAUAUUUCUGUAUUUUUAACUUUGAAAUAAAUAUGCAAUUUCUCUUGA